AUGGCGCCGGGAAUUCUUGAGACAGACUACACAGGCGUCGAGAAGACGACCAGCUUGGCCGCCCUAACAGAGGAUUGGGAUGAUACGAUUCGAUUCUACCUGAAUGGAACUAAGGUAGCAGUGGACACCGUUAACCCGGAGGUCACUCUGCUGGAAUACCUGCGUGGGAUCGGGUUGACAGGCACGAAGCUUGGAUGUGCCGAGGGAGGUUGUGGCGCUUGCACAGUGGUUGUCUCACAUGUCAACUCGACCACGAAGGAGAUCUACCAUGCCUCUGUGAACGCCUGUAUUGCUCCACUAGUAAGCAUCGACGGUAAACAUGUCAUUACAGUCGAGGGGAUUGGCAAUACCAAAGAUCCCCAUGCGAUUCAGCAGCGAUUUGCAGUCGGAAAUGGAAGCCAAUGUGGCUUCUGCACUCCUGGAAUCGUCAUGUCUCUAUAUGCCCUGCUGCGAAACAACCCUUCACCCUCAGAGCAUGACGUAGAAGAGGCGUUUGAUGGUAAUCUUUGCCGCUGCACGGGAUACCGACCAAUUCUAGAUGCUGCCCAGAGCUUCAAUUCCAAUAACAACUGUGGAAAGGCUUCUUCAAAUGGAGGGUCAGGCUGCUGCAUGGAGAAGAAUGGCUCUAGUGGCGGAUGCUGUAAAGGCUCUUCGAAGGAAAUCGAAACUGUCGACUACAAGUUCCCUGCGCCGAACUUCAAGCCAUACAGCCCAGACACAGAGCUGAUAUUCCCAGCUGCUCUGCGCAAACACGACUACCGACCACUGGCUUAUGGUAACAAAAGAAAGAAGUGGUACCGCCCAGUGACAGUGCAACAGCUAUUACAGAUCAAGCAUGUGCACCCAGAUGCUAAGUUGAUCGGCGGAAGCACGGAGACGCAGAUUGAGAUCAAAUUCAAGGCAAUGCGUUACGCGGCCUCGGUAUAUCUAGGCGAUAUUCCCGAACUGCGCCAAUUUACUUUACACGAUGACUACCUCGAGAUCGGUGCUAAUGUUUCCCUAACGGAUCUCGAACACAUUUGCGAUCAGGCAGUUGAGAAAUACGGCGAUGCUCGAGGUCAACCCUUCAAGGCGAUCAAGAAGCAGCUGCUCUACUUCGCCGGCCGACAAAUCCGAAACGUUGCUUCGCCUGCAGGUAACUUGGCUACCGCGUCACCUAUCUCUGAUUUGAACCCGGUGCUAGUCGCCACCAACACCAUUCUCGUGGCCAAGUCUUUGGAUGGGGAGACAGAGAUCCCCAUGACUGAAUUCUUCCAAGGGUAUCGAAAGACAGCUCUAGCUCCCAACGCAAUCAUUGCCAGCUUGCGUAUUCCAGCUGCACAGACACAAAAGGAGUACAUGCGAGCUUACAAACAGGCCAAGAGGAAGGAUGAUGAUAUUGCCAUUGUCAACUCUGCGCUCCGCGUGACUCUGUCUGAGACCAACGAUGUGAUCAGCGCCAACCUUGUGUUUGGUGGUAUGGCGGCUAUGACUGUAUCCGCUAAGAAUGCUGAGGCAUUUGUGGUUGGUAAGAAGUUCACGAACCCUGCAACGCUGGAGGGUGUCAUGAGUGCAUUGGAGAAGGACUUCGAUCUACCAUUUGGAGUUCCCGGUGGCAUGGCUAGUUACCGGAAGUCACUGGCGAUGGGAUUCUUCUACAGAUUCUACUAUGAUGUGCUGUCGGGACUCGAAGUUCAGUCGUCAGAUCUGGACCCGGAUGUAGUCGCUGAGAUUGAGAGAGCCAUUUCAUCCGGACAAAAAGAUAACGAAUCGUCCGUCGCAUACCAGAAGAAUAUCCUUGGAAGGGCAACACCGCACGUUGCAGCAUUGAAGCAAUGUACCGGCGAGGCUCAAUAUACCGAUGAUAUCCCCGUGCAAAUGAAUGAGCUCUUUGCGUGCAUGGUACUCUCGACGAAGGCACACGCCAAGAUCAUCAGCGUGGACGCGUCUGCGGCACUGGAGAUCCCUGGUGUUGCAGAGUAUGUCGACCACACUGAUCUACCGAAUCCAGAAGCAAAUUGGUGGGGAGCACCCAAGGCCGAUGAGCAAUUCUUCGCAGUUGAUGAAGUCAAUACUGCGGGUCAGCCGAUUGGCGUGAUCCUUGCUACUUCUGCCAAAAUCGCCGAAGAAGGGAUGAGAGCUGUCAAAGUGGUUUACGAAGAUCUUCCCUGUAUUCUGACUAUGGAGGAGGCCAUCGAAGCGGAGUCCUUCUUCGAGCACUAUCGCUACAUCAAGUGCGGAGAUACCGAAGAAGCAUUCAAGCAAGCCGAUCAUGUUUUCACUGGUGUGUCGCGAAUGGGAGGCCAGGAGCAUUUCUAUUUGGAGACUCAGGCUUGCGUGGCAAUUCCAAAGCCCGAGGAUGGCGAAAUGGAGGUUUGGAGUGGUACACAGAAUCCGACUGAAACACAAGCCUACGUUGCUCAAGUGACAGGAGUAUCCGCAAACAAGGUCGUCUCGCGCGUUAAACGACUUGGUGGUGGAUUUGGCGGUAAGGAGACACGAUCUGUCCAACUGGCUGGCAUUUGUGCCACUGCAGCAGCGAAGACCAAGCGCCCAGUUCGCUGCAUGCUCAACCGAGACGAAGAUAUCUUGACCUCUGGGCAACGUCAUCCAUUCCUUUGCCACUGGAAGGUUGGAGUGAGCAAAGAAGGAAAGAUUCUGGCACUUGAUGCAGAUGUAUUUGCCAAUGGAGGCCACACCCAGGAUCUCUCUGGGGCCGUUGUGGAGCGCAGUCUGUCGCACAUCGACGGCGUGUAUAAGAUUCCGAAUAUGCAUGUGCGCGGCCGGAUUUGCAAGACCAAUACCGUCUCCAACACGGCAUUCCGUGGAUUUGGCGGUCCACAGGGUCUGUUUUUCGCCGAGUGCUAUGUUUCUGAAAUUGCAGACCACUUGGAUAUUCCUGCCGAGGAGAUCAGGAGGAUCAACAUGUAUCAACCCGAGGAAAAGACGCAUUUCAACCAGACACUCAAGGAUUGGUAUGUGCCGUUGAUGUACAAGCAGGUUAUCGAGGAGAGCUCUUACAAUGAGCGGCGAAAGGCCGUUGAAGAAUACAACGCGCAGCACAAGUGGUCCAAACGAGGAAUGGCCAUUGUGCCUACCAAGUUUGGUAUUUCCUUCACAGCUCUCUUCUUGAACCAAGCAGGAGCCUUGGUCCACAUCUACCAUGAUGGUAGUGUUCUCGUGGCACACGGUGGUGUCGAGAUGGGCCAAGGGUUGCAUACAAAGAUGACCAUGAUUGCGGCCGAGGCGCUACAAGUGCCCCAGUCCAGCGUAUUCAUCUCCGAAACCGCAACCAACACAGUCGCCAACACCUCAUCGACAGCGGCAUCGGCAAGCUCUGACCUCAACGGCUACGCGAUCUUCAACGCCUGCGAACAACUCAAUGAGCGUCUGCGCCCCUUCCGGGAGAAGAUGCCCAAUGCAACUAUGAAAGAACUUGCCCACGCAGCGUACUUCGAUCGCACCAACCUCUCAGCCCAGGGAUACUAUCGAACACCAGACAUCGGCUACGUCUGGGGCGAGAACACCGGCCAGAUGUUCUUCUACUUCACCCAAGGAGUCACCGCCGCCGAAGUCCAAAUAGACACACUAACAGGUGACUGGACACCUCUCCGCGCCGAUCUAAAGAUGGACGUCGGUCGAUCCAUCAACCCCUCAGUCGACUAUGGCCAAAUCGAAGGCGCCUACGUCCAAGGCCAAGGACUCUUCACCACAGAAGAGAGCCUCUGGCACCGCGCCUCAGGGCAGAUCUUCACCCGAGGCCCGGGUAACUACAAGAUCCCCGGAUUCCGGGACAUCCCCCAGAUCUUCAACGUGAGCCUCCUCAAGGACGUGGAGUGGAGGAACCUGCGCACGAUCCAACGCUCUCGUGGCGUUGGCGAACCACCCUUGUUCAUGGGUAGUGCGGUCUUCUUCGCUAUUCGUGAUGCCUUGAAAGCUGCGCGGAAACAGUGGAAUGUCACGGAUGUUCUGUCUCUAGAGGCUCCUGCUACGCCGGAACGUAUUCGGGUUAGCUGUGCGGAUCCUAUUAUCGAACGCGCCAGAGUGCAGCCGAAGGAGGGUGAGAAGAGUUUCUUCGUUGCUAUUUAG